CCCUCCUUUCAACGGAUAUAACCCCUUCUGGACUCGUCUUCUUCCUCCUUUGCUAUCGAAUCUCAACCCGACCCGAAUCCCGACUGCAACUUCCCCCAAAUUCUCGCUCCCUUCCCCAAAAUGGCUCCUGCAAAUCCCGCAACCUGGACCCACGAACCCUCUAUCAUUAAGGAGGACGAUCUUCGAGAAGUGGCCGUGCUUCUGGGCAAGGGCUUCUGGGUCCACCAUCCCGAUGCCGUCGGGGGAUUAGUUUAUCCCACAAUCCAAACCCUCAGAAGUAUAUGCCUGUUUCCUCAUCCCCACGCUCCAAUCUUUGAGAGGGUUGAGUUUAAACACGACAAAUGGUCCCAGCAAUACUUCGUCAUUGAGUUCCUGGCUCACAGUCCCUUAGAUCUGCCGGGUGUCGUUCUCCGUAGUUCUAUUUCCCGGACGAAGUUCGUUGCAGCGCCCCUGGCGGAGGAAGUUUACAAUGCCUUGAGGGAGAAAGGGGGUUUAAUUCCGCACCACUCCCUCCAAGACGCCAGGUUAUACAGGAAGGCGGAUUUUUACUAUCCCCUGGGUCCUGACCCCGUUCCGUUUGAAGGGGAGCCUUCCCCUGAAAGGUCAAAGGCUCCUCUUGCUGUGGAGUCCGAUCCAGCCGGGAGCUCCUCGCCUCCUCCGGAAACCAGACUCAAGGAAGGAGUUGAGAGGCAGAAGGAACCAGAGACUUCCCCUGAAACCGAGAAGGAAGUCGAAGUGCAGACAGAACCAGAAACUCCCCCUUCGAAGGAGGAAGAGGUUGGAGAGCAGAGGGAUAUGGGAGCUCCCCCAGAAAUGGAAAGAGAGCCCGAGAAACGACCAGAGCCGGAGGGACAGUGUUCUACUGCCACACCUCCAGCCUUCAAUGUCCCCAUCCGGCGUAAGUUCACACCCCAAACUUACCCCGCCUUCAAGGAAGGAUGGACUAGGUUCUCCCGCGGUUUGAUCUCCAUGCAGGCCUCCCACUGGACCAUCCAAGCGAAUCCGGAGAAGAUAAAGGAAUCAUUAAAGGAGCCCACAAUCCCCCAGGCUCGUCCUGAUCUGCUUGCCCUCAAUGCUCUCUACUCCAUGGAGCAGGCAGAUGGCCCAAUGGAACUAGCAGCUGAAAGGUCCAGGGUCAAGUCCCUGCAAGAGCAGAUUGCUGCUUACCAAAGGGGGACCCAGGAUCUGGAAACGCAGUUUGACAGACUCCGGGCACAAAUCUCCAUCCUAGAGUCCAAGGCCUCAGCUUCAGAAGACAAGGUGGGAAGCCUAAAAGCUGAGCUGGUUGAAAGGGAAUCCCGGAUUUCUGAGCUGGAGAGUUCCCUCCAGGAGGCCAAGCAUGAGGGUGCCCGUCUUAACGACCUCGUGGUGAAACACAUAGAGGCGAAAGGGCUUACCCUCGAGAAGUUGGGGAAGGAGAGACAAACUGCCAGCGAGCUCCGGUCAAGGAUGGGUGCACUGGAGAAGGCAAUAGCUACUCAUCAAGAGGAGGUUGCCACCCUGACUGACUGCCCGUGCUGAAGCCCUUAAUGAAGAAGGGAAAUUUGA